AUGAAUAAAAAUUCUACGAGUGAUGAUGCUAUCUCAGUUGAGGAUUCACCUGCUGCACAACAUCCUCAUGUUGACAAUGAGCAACGUGAAAACUCAACGCAAAAUGAAUUUAAUUCAGCAGAAUGUGCCACUGCUACUAAUACAACAAAGAAGUCAUCAAUGACUUCGAUACCUUUAGAAUUUCCGCAUUGGUCGCGACAUCGAUCUUCAAUUGCUGCAGGUGCAUUUGCUGUAUUCACAAUUAUAGCAAUGAGUAUUGGUAUAUUGACUGUUUGUUUCACUUCACCAAAAGCUACUGUUCAAAAAUGUGAGCUCAAAUUCAAACCAACGGCUCAAAAACCAGUUGAAUACAAGUAUGGCCCACGAUCUGUUGCCGCUGGUGAUUUCGACAAUGACACAUGUUUGGAUAUGGUUAUUGCUCAUCAUAUAGCUAACACGAUAACUGUUUAUCUUGGAUAUGGUAAUGGCACUUUUAAAAGUCCAAUUACAUAUUCAACUGGUUCCUACUCAAGUCCUUACAUGGUCACAGUUGGUUAUUUCAACAACGAUUCUUACUUGGAUAUUGCAGUAGCAAAUUUUGGCACUAACAAUAUCGUUAUCUUUCAUGGAUUUGGCGAUGGGUCUUUCGCAAAUCAAACAGAACUUUCAACAGGCUCCUCUCGUCCAACAGCGAUUAUCGGUGCUCAUUUCAACAAUGACACACUACUUGAUAUUGUCAUAGUUAAUUACGGAAACCACAGUAUCAGUAUAUUCUAUCAAUAUGGAAAUGGAAGUUUUUCGCUUCCAAUUACAUAUCCGACAGGUUACGAUUCCUUUCCGUCCUCAAUAGCUGCUGGAGAUUUCAAUAAUGACGAAUAUUUAGACCUCGCCAUUGCCAAUUAUGGCACUAACAAUAUUGUGAUACUUUUUGGAAAUAGCAACAGCACUUUUGCAAAGCAAAUUACCAUUUCAACUGGCAUUGAUUCUCAACCAUACUCCAUUGUCGUUGGUGAUUUCAACGCAGACGACUUUCUCGAUAUCGCUCUCGCUAAUUCUAGAAGUCAUGAAGUAGGUGUGCUCCUAAAUAAUGAUAAUGAAACUUUCGCUAAAUCAGUCAACUAUUCCAUCAAUUCUGCUUCUCCAAUUGCCAUUUCGGUAGGAGAUUUCAAUCAAGAUAAUCGAUUGGACAUAAUCACCACGAAUCAAGGCGCUGGCAAUAUAGCCAUACUUCUUGGAUAUGGGAACGGCAAAUUUGCAAAUUCAAUUAUGUAUCCAACCGGAUCUUCUUCUUCGAUUUCAGUUGCCAUAGGUAAUUUCAACAAGGACCAUCGAUUAGAUAUUGUCGUUGUAAACAAUGAUACCGGUGUCAUUGAUAUUCUUGUUGGACGUGACGAAGGCUUUCAAAAUCAAAUAAGAUAUUCAGCUGGCUCUAAUCCACGAUCUGUAGCUAUUGGUGAUGUCAACAACGACACUCGACUAGAUAUCGUUGUUGCCAAUCAGGUUAGCAAUGAUGUGAGUGUCCUUCUUGGAUAUGGAAACGGUUCUUUUGAAAAUCAAACAAGAUAUUCAGUUGGCUCUGGUCCACUAUCUGUAGCUAUUGGUGAUGUCAACAAUGACACUCGACUAGAUAUCGUUGUCGCCAAUGAGGAUAGCAACGAUGUGAGUAUCCUUCUUGGAUAUGGAAACGGUUCUUUUGAAAAUGAAACAAGGUAUUCAGUUGGCUCUUCUCCAUCAUCUAUAGCUAUUGGUGAUGUCAACAAUGACGCUCGACUAGAUAUCGUUGUCGACAAUGGGGGUAGCGAUGAUGUGAGUGUCCUUCUUGGAUAUGGAAACGGUUCUUUUGAAAAUCAAACAAGAUAUUCAGUUGGCUCUUAUCCAUCAUCUGUAGCUAUUGGUGAUGUCAACAAUGACACUCGACUAGAUAUCGUUGUCGACAAUGGGGGUAGCGAUGAUGUGAGUGUCCUUCUUGGAUAUGGAAACGGUUCUUUUGAAAAUCAAACAAGAUAUUCAGUUGGCUCUUAUCCAUAUUCUGUAGCUAUUGGUGAUGUCAACAACGACACUCGACUAGAUAUCGUUGUCACCAAUUUGCGGACCAAUGAUGUGGGUGUCCUUCUUGGAUAUGGAAACGGUUCUUUUGAAAAUCAAAGAAGUUAUUCAGUUGGCUCUUAUCCAUAUUCUGUAGCUAUUGGCGAUGUUAACAACGACACUCGACUAGAUAUCGUUGUCGCCAAUUUGAAUAGCAAUGAUGUGGGUGUCCUGCUACAAUAUAACAGAGGAGCGAUUACAUAUGAAAUGAGCUUGGCACCUGGUGGUGGUUCUAGCCUACGAUGUGUAGUUAUUGAUGAUUUGAACAAUGACACUAAUCUCGAUAUCGUCUUAGCUAAUUACGGCACUAAUAAUUUAGGCGUUCUUUUUGGAUAUGGGAACGGUAGUUUUGAAAAUCAAAUGAUGCUCAGUACUGGCAUGAAUUCUCAUCCGAUUUCUAUCGCAAUUGGGGACUUCAAUGGUGACCGUGAAGUGGAUAUUGCUGUGGCCAAUCAUGGUACAAAGCAUGUAGAUAUGAUGCUUGGAAAUGGACAGGGAAAAUUUGCAAUUCAAACAAGUUAUGAAAUUGGCUUUGAUACACCUCCGUUAGUUAUGGUUUCUGGUGAUUUUAACAAUGACGCACGAUCGGAGAUCGCUGUCGCUUACGAUGAACGUGAUCAUGUGGAUAUUUUUGUUGCGUAUAAUCAUGGUUCUUUUGAAACUCAAAAAAGGUAUUCAGUUGGCUCUUAUCCAUCAUCUGUAGCUAUUGGUGAUGUCAACAAUGACACUCGACUAGAUAUCGUUGUCGCCAAUAGGGAUAGCAAUGAUGUGAGUGUCCUUCUUGGAUAUGGAAAUGGUUCUUUUGAAAAUCAAACAAGGUAUUCAGUUGGCUCUUAUCUAUUAUCUGUUGCUAUUGGUGAUGUCAACAAUGACACUCGACCAGAUAUCGUUGUCGCCAAUGAGGAUAGCAAUGAUGUAAGUGUCCUUCUUGGAUAUGGAAACGGUUCUUUUGAAACUCAAAAAAAGUAUUCAGUUGGCCUUAAUCCACAAUCUGUAGCUAUUGGUGAUGUCAACAACGACACUCGACUAGAUAUCGUUGUCGCCAAUUCGGCUAGCAAUGAUGUAAGUGUACUUCUUGGAUAUGACAAUAUAGUUUUUGUAAAGCAAAUGAUACUAGUAACUGGAAACGGUUCCCAACCACAGUGGUUAGUGAUUAGCGAUUUUAACAAUGAUGAUCUGAUGGAUAUUGGUGUCAUUAAUUCACGCACCCACAAUAUUGAUAUUUUUCUUGGAUAUGGAAAUAUCUCUUUUGCAAAUCAAAUGACAUAUUCAACACACCCAUAUUUAUCUCCAUGCUCUAUGGCUGUCGGUGAUUUCAACAAUGAUAGUCGAAUGGAUAUCGUCUUUGUUAGUUGUAAGUUGAACAGAGUUGGUAUUAUUCUUGGAUAUGGAAAUGGUUCUUUUGGAAAUCAAAUGAUGUAUUCAACAAGCUCAGGUUCGUCUCGAUACUCUUUAGCUGUAAAUGACAUUAAUAACGACGCUAUACAAGACAUUGUCGUCGCGAAUUAUGAUGUCAAUUAUCUAGGUUUACUUGUUGGACAUGGAGAUGGCACUUUCGAAAGCAUUAUGCUAGUUCAGUUGGACUAUGGUUCCAAUCCAUUCUUCAUUGCCAUUGGAGAUUUCAAUAAUGAUAAAAAACUAGAUUUUGCCGUCGCCAAUAACGGUACUGACAGUUUAAAUAUUCUCUUGCAGACUUGUUAAUAAUUUUAUCUUGUAUUUUAUAUUUUCCUAUCACUUACUUAUUUCGUAUGCUCUUAUAUUUAAUAGAAUCAUAGUUGAAAUAUUCAAAUGUUUGUAAGUGUGAAAGAUGAGUGGAGAAAGAGGAUGAGUUAGGUUUGGGUUUGGUUGUGGAUUCCUGAUGAUGUAAGCCUCAGUGUAUGGUUGAGAGUAUGAAUGACUGACUGCCAGUAUUGAUCUGACUGUAGUAGAAAAGCGUCUAGAUCAAGGGGGGAAAAGCUGACUCCGUGACUCCAUGACUCUACUGACUCCAACUGACUCCAAUUGACUCCAUUGACUCUAUUGACUCCAUUGACUCCAACUGACUC